AUUGUACCACCGCUGUUGCCAUCAAUGAAAGCGCAUCUCGCGAGAUCAAAUGCCCACCGAACGUGAUGUUGGUGGAGCUGUUGUGUCUGACGAUCUCGCUGCGUGGGGGUGCUUGCUUGCUUCUUGAUGUCAUUUGCUGAGAAGAGAGAAUGGUGGUGCGGACCAGUGGAUUCAUAUUUUGUCUCAGCUGCGUCGGAGAGACCUUCAUAGCAUUGCGCUCUGACUGAUCUUAUCAGUUCACCCCGCAGGCAGAUAGACAUUCUUCUCCACGACCUGCAGGAAAACGCUUACCAGGUUUGCCUUGCUAGUUCGUGCAGAUGCGUUUCCAGGGGAGGAAAAGGGGGCAUGAUUAAGCAGAGGACUGCUCCGCUUGUCUAACGGGAAAGCUGAAAACAAGGACAUGGUGCUUUGCAUAGGAUCGCGGCCUUCGCCGACGUUUAUCUGGCUAUAGUCGUGUUGUUUUCUCUCUACUACCCAUUUUCAUCGCUCGUUCAAAUGGGAGUUUGGGCGUCAAGUUCUUCUAGGCCCGCCGUUUGGUGCUCGGAGCCCUACGGUGGGGGAAUAGUGGACAGCUACUAGCGGUUCGGCUAGCUGCAGUUACCCAAUGCUGCUGCCACCGCUGCCGCUGCCGUUCAGAGGAUCUACGAGAGGAGACUCUGGAGCUUUUGGGGCCCACACUCUCAGGUUUUGCGAGCUGUUCGUUUGGACUACGCCCCGGGACGAAACGUUGCCUUCGGAUAUGUGAUCCUGAAUUUUCACCUGCACUUUCGUGGAAGGCGUCUUGAACUUCUCCCGUUGAUGCGAACGCCGUAUUGCGCUGCAAUGUGGCUUGAAAAUAAGGGAAGGGUAACCCUGUAACCAGGGCUCCUGUUGAAGGGGGGCAAGCUAGACAGACCCUGUAAAAUAUUCCCUGAAAGGGCCCGAGCCUCGUCUUUGGAUCGGUCUGGGUUGGGCUCUCUACCUUCCAGUUUCCAGGCAAAUAGACUUCAUCCGACAUGGAUAAGCUCACCAUCAUUUCAGGAUGCCUUUUCUUGGCCGCGGACAUAUUUGCAAUUGCUAGCAUUGCAAAUCCGGACUGGAUCAACACGGGGGAGUCGGCAGGUGCCCUGACGGUGGGCCUGGUGCGGCAGUGCCAGACGAUCCACGGACGCGACCGCACCUGCAUCCCGCCGCGGCUGCCUCCAGAGUGGGUGACCACGCUCUUCUUCAUCAUCAUGGGCAUCAUCUCCCUCACCGUCACCUGCGGGCUGCUGGUGGCCUCGCACUGGCGCCGGGAGGCCACCAAGUACGCCCGCUGGAUUGCCUUCACCGGGAUGAUCCUGUUCUGUAUGGCAGCCCUCAUCUUCCCGAUAGGGUUCUACAUCAACGAGGUGGGGGGCCAGCCGUACAAGCUGCCCAACAACACGGUGGUGGGCUCCUCCUACGUGCUCUUCGUCCUCUCCAUCUUCUUCACGAUAGUGGGGCUGCUGUUCGCCGGGAAGGUCUGCCUCCCAGGCUGAAGGACCCUUGUGUUGAACGCCAUUGGAGCCUCCUUGAACUGUGGGGCGUUCUUUUGUUCCAGAGACACACAAAGGAAGGACAAAAUAAACAAACAAUUGAGAGAGAGAAAGAAAAAAAAAAACGAUGGAAAAACAAGAGGAUGGAUGACUGACCGAAGAAGAAUGGAUAAAAUGGGAUGUCCGCAACAGAUAGCAUCGAGAAGCAACUUACACUUAAAGCAUCGAGUAAAAAAAAAUAGUGCCAAUACAGAACAAAAAAAACACUACACUGCGCUCAGUCAUAUAGCUGCAAGAUGGUUUUGAUAUGAACACACCUCCCCCUCUUCCCUUGACCCUCCUUUGCUUACACACACAUUUGUCUUUAUGUUGCACUUUUACAGAGUAGUUUGGAGAUGACGGGAAGUGAGGAAGAAAGUGAGGGGGUGGGGGGUGUAGUGCUGCAGAGCAGUGAAAGCCUCUGGUUGAAUCGAUAGGUCACCAUGGCGCCAAGUCUUUUGUGACAUCAGUGUUUUUCAGCAGCGGCCUACUUUCUGACAGAAGUGUUCGCCCAGGACUCCCCUCUUUGUUAGUCGUUUCUGAUAUUGUUCUUUUUUUCGUUUGUUUUUUCAUGUCUCCUUCUAUCUUUGUGCCAUCAUUUUUUCGUUUUCAAGUCUCUCCCGAGGAGAGACUCUCAUGCACUCCCUUUCCCCUCACUAUAUUACCCAGGACAGCUGAGCUGAGGCAGAGAGUGGGGUUGAGCCUGGAGCCAGAUGGCAGGCCAAUGGUUGAGCUAGCAAACUGGCAGAGGUGUCCCAGGAGAAGGUUCCUUCCAGGACUACUGGUGAGGUGAAGAAGCAUCCCUCAGGCUUCUUCAUCACUGGGGAACACCUUCUGAAAAAAAACAGGUUGAGGUCACAGAGGAGAUGGCUGAGGUUGAGGAAGGGAUGGAGAGACUGAGAAAGGAGCAAGUAAGGACGAAAAGUCUCCUAUUUGCUCCCCAGUGCCUCCGUGCAGCUCCUUAACAGAGACUGACCAAAACAACCAAACGUGGAUCUGGAUUGGUAUAGUGGUCGGAGGGAAGGAGCCAGAUUUGGUCAAACGCUCCAUUCAAAUGUGCUCAACAACCGAUAGGACUGCUGGUCAGGACCUUGCAGAGCAGAGCCUUGGUGAGCUCUAAUCUUUGAUUGCCCUAAACAGUAUCACAGACAUGCAAGUGACACACACGUAUAAAAACACACUCAGAAAUAAGCACUCCUUUCUCCGACCCCCCAAAACUUCACCACUCACCUAGGUACACCAGUAAUCCAGCAAGUUUUUUUGCAUUAGGGAGAGUCGGUUUGUUGGCUUUCACCUUUGUCAGGCUGUUGCCAUCUUUUAAUGGCAGGCUUGCUGCAUUGGGGGACCGGGGCACAGGGAACGAUGUGCAUCCAGGGGUACAGGGAAAGGUGCAGGAAAUCACACUUCUACUUCUUACAUUAUCGUAAAGUAAACCUUUAUUUAACUAAAUGACACCAUGUUUGCCCUAUAAUUUGUGUGAUCUCCUGAGUGUGGCCAGAAGUGUGGCAUCUGAGCCUCUGGCUUGUAGCGUUGGUGAUGGGUAUCACUGGUAUUCGCCCUACACUGACUGAAUAUGAGAGCGGCUAGCUUGUUUGCAGGUAAUAAGCCAUCCUUUUUGCCACUUGCCACUGAAGAUGAGAAGCGUUUUUGAUCCUUAUUGUGUGUACGUCUUUGAGGAUGCUGCAUCAAAAGGACAUCGAUCAUAGGGGUAUACUAAGACUUUGGUUCAGGAGGAAAUCAGGUUAAGUUAAGAGGUAAAUCAUCUAAUAGAAGACGCAUAUGCUCCAGUCUCUGAGCUCCUAGUCCAUUAGGGCUCAAAGGAAAGGACAUUUCUUGAUGGAUAUAUCGAUGAAAGUCUUGUUUUUUUUGUUGAAAUUGCAUCUCUUUUUCCUCCCUUCCCACUUCCUGUUUGUGUUUGUUUCAACUGCACAGAAUCAAAGAAAAACUCUCGAUGGCCUUUCCUUUUUUACGAAAAAUUCUCACAGGCCUUUCUUUCAUUUCAUAGGACAGAACAUAAUACCAUGUGAAUAGGACCAGGAACAGACCCGUGGUUUCUAGAUUUCAAAGGAUGUUACAUUAAACCAGUGGCAAUCGCUAGCCUAUUACAUCUUGGGUGGUGGGCAAAAAUGUUUUCCAUAAAAAAAACUGUUGCUUUUGCGUUUUUCCAGCAGAAGGUUCAGAGGUAGGGUUACAAUGUCGAUAUGUCACAUUGGAUUUCAGGUGUUGGUAGGCAGUGUUUAGUGCCAGGAAAAUAAUUUUAAAAAAGAUUUUUAAGACCUGAUUUCAGCUUUCCGAACUGCUUAAGCCGGGCAUACACUUUGCGAUCUUUACAGUCGCAGGUAUUGAGUUCACACUGCAUUUAAAAGACGCACAUGCAUCCUCACACUAUACGGGCCGAGGGCGGGAUGCGAGUGGAGUGCUCAAACUUUGACACGAGAGACUUGUAAUCUGGGAAGUGUAAAAUGUAGUGACAAAUCGGGUCUGAGCACUACUUCAACUUCGCGAUACACUCUCGAGGGGUGACCAGGAUUUUUAACAUUUUUUUUUUUUUUAACGUCCAUACAGUUGCUGAUCGCAAGCUGGUCGUGAGGUGAAAACGCUUGUCGUUACCUUGUGUACACUACACAAUGCAAGAUUCGCGAUUCACCUCCAAUUCCUCUUUUCUACUGCAGGUUUUCUGGUAGGCCUACAGCUCAGCACAGCGUGACUUGGCCGCCAGUUUUUGCUUGUCGAAUAGGCUCGACACAGCUCAAUCGUAAAGCAAAAAGUAGCGGUUGAGUUUUGUUGAGCUGUAGGCCUACCAGAAAACCUGCAGUGGAAAAGAGGCACAAUUGAGCCAAAAAUCGGCCCGGUUCCCAAAAUGUUGUGCAACUGACAAAUUGUGGCAAAGUCUGGCGAAAAAAUUGCACAGUGCAUGCCCCGCUUUACCAUGCAGCCGUCCCAAAGUGCCAAAGAAGGCGCUGUUCUCCCAAGGGGAAUUCUAGAAAGACUCACUGGGGAAUUCAUUGGUGUAUUUUGGUUUUGAAAACUUUGAAAACCAGUGCGUUUGCUACAAAGUUUAGCAGUGAUUUCAUAAGUUUGAUUCUCAUUGGAACAUUGAGUCUGUAUAUUUCUAACACAGUGUAUCACCCUUGCUUAGUGCUACUAGUUAGCUGUUCACCUUAGCUAGUCCACAUAGAACUCCACUGUUAGCUGCUAUUUUUCCCGAAAUAGUGCAGGAUUGGACAUCAUGUCCAAAAGUAUUAGCCCAAAAGCUAUCAUCUCGGAUGUAUUGUGGCCUUUAAGUUUAAAUAUGCCGGUAGGAUUACCAACUGUGCGUUUACAAACCCUAAGCAGCGAAGGCUUUAGGCCUACUAGCAGCUAGACCCAUGUGGAUACAUUGCUCUGCUGAUCCCUGUUUUCAUUCUCCAGUCUAAUUUCACCAAUUUGAAUGUCAAUUUCUGCCAUUGAGCUUUGUGAAGAGCUGAUUAUCGUACAACUCCUAUGUGGAUCAUCAACAGUAUGAAGGCUAUGGCUGGACUUUCUGAACCAAUGGGAUGUCCACCUCUGCCAGCUAAGAAGAGCAUGUGACAUGCUGAACCAAUGUAGGGAUGUAGUUAUCUUAAUGUCCUUGGGGAUGCAUAAGGAUCUCUCCUGCUCUACUCUACGCUACUCUACUAAACUCUACUAAUCUGCUGCAAUUUUUUGCAAUUACAUCAAUCAAGUUCUGUGCUAAAGUGAAGUAGGUAUAUGCCCUUUUACAUAGAACAUGGGAGCGCGUAAGUUUAUGUCUAUGCCACCGAAUACCUGCUUCAAAUGCAUUGAAUGGAAGGUGUCUGUCACAUGGAAAAGGCCCAUAGGAAGGGAUGUAGGCCCUGAUGUUUAAGUGUGGGUGUGUGUAGGUACAUGCAGUGUAGGGUCCCAUUGCCCUAGCUCUCCCCAUGCAGGCUCCGGAUGCCACUGAUUUAAACCAGUAGAGACAUCAGCUAAAACCAUAACCCAGAAAUUUAAAACUCCACUAGCACAAGUAUUAUCAUUAGUAAUGCACAGUUAGGACAUCAACGAGAAAAAAAAGAAGAGUGACGAAAGGAAAUCUAACACUAAUUUACAACUCAGUAUUGUCUCAGCAAUCUUUACGCGUUUGCAAAGCUGUUGAGAACUCACUACAGUGACUUUACACAUUUCAGAGAUCAUUUUUGUUUGUUUGUUUGUUUGUUUGUUUGUUUGUUUUUGUGUGUGGGAGGGGUUGGAGCUCCAGUCACCUAACGGACAUUUUUAUGGAGGAGUGGAAGACUAAGCUUAAGCCUGCUGUGGCAAAUAUGAUGAACUCUUUAAAGACUGCUUUAAUGUUUUACGUUUGUUUGUUCAUUUUAUUUUUCCUUUCUUUUUGCAAGAAAGUUACUCAUUUUUGUUUUGUAAAGGAUAUGGAAUUAAUAUUUAUAAUUUAAAAAAGGGAAGAGUAAACAUGUAUUCACAACAGUGUUAACAAUCAAUGGAUGACAGCAUUCCGAGUGCACAGUUACUGUUAACAGAAUUGACAUUGAUUGUUUUUGUUUUUAUUUUUUGUCCUUUUUCUUCACUUUUUUGUGUUAAUGUUUCACCUCACUGUACAAUACAAAUAAAAGGCAUCGUCUGAGCCUUUCUGGUUGAUAA